CAUCCCCGUGCCCCUGUGCCAGUCAAUCUAAAUGUAUCAGUUCAAGUGGAGAUAAUCCAUGCAAAUCAGAGGCACUGGCUCCCGGUGCUCGAUUCACAAAGAGAACUCAGCUUCGGGAGGUCACUCGUUCACAGCUGCUCCUCCCAUUAUGUUUUUCCCUUAUUGCAGAACUGCUGCAUGUGUACAGUGACUGAAAGGACUCAAUUUACUGCAACUGCUGCCUGGCUUUACUUACAACUUUCUUUAAAGGGGGACUUACCUUCUAUCACUCUUGCUAAGGUGACAGCACUCCAGGGACAGCACCCCACCCGCAGCUGGGCACAAUGAGACCUAAUCUUGGCUGAGAGACCUGUAAGGGAUUGGAGGUGCUGCUGUGGCUGUUUGGUUUUAUCCUUUCCUGGGAGCGCUGCUGAUCAAGUUGAGAUGAAGGGUCUUUAUGGCAGAAUGAUGAAUUCCAUCUUUUCCAGAAUGGUAUGAAGAUGAAUAAUGCAGGCCACUGGUUUCGAUGAUGCUGGGCUUUUAUAACUGGAUUCAUUAAGGAAUACAAAGAAAAUUCUUACAGGGAUCAAUAAUGGUGUCUUCUGGCUGCAGAAUGAGAAGUUUUUGGUUUCUGCUCCUUGUCAGCUUCCUGCAGUGUACUGAAGGUUUCAGCCGGGCAGCACUCCCGUUCGGUUUGGUGAGGAGGGAGCUCUCCUGCGAAGGUUACUCCAUCGACCUGCGGUGCCCGGGCAGCGAUGUCAUCAUGAUAGAGAGUGCCAACUAUGGGCGGACAGACGACAAGAUCUGUGAUGCUGACCCCUUCCAGAUGGAGAACACAGAAUGCUUCCUGCCGGACGCCUACAAGAUUAUGACACAAAGGUGCAACAACCGAACACAGUGUAUAGUAGUUACUGGGUCAGAUGUGUUUCCUGAUCCUUGUCCUGGAACAUACAAAUAUCUAGAAGUUCAGUAUGAAUGUGUUCCUUACAUUUUUGUUUGCCCGGGGACGUUGAAAGCAAUUGUGGACUCACCGUAUUUAUAUGAAGCUGAACAAAAAGCAGGUGCUUGGUGCAAAGACCCUCUCCAGGCUGCAGAUAAAAUCUACUUCAUGCCCUGGACUCCGUACCGCACCGACACUCUGAUAGAGUUCGCGUCUCUGGAGGACUUCCAGAACGGCCGCCAGCAGACGACGUACAAACUGCCGAACCGAGUGGAUGGCACCGGCUUUGUGGUGUACGACGGCGCUGUCUUUUUCAACAAGGAGAGAACGAGGAACAUAGUGAAGUUUGACUUGAGGACUAGAAUUAAGAGUGGGGAGGCCAUAAUCAAUUAUGCUAAUUACCACGACACGUCUCCGUACCGGUGGGGAGGAAAGACUGACAUUGACUUGGCGGUGGAUGAAAAUGGCUUGUGGGUGAUUUACGCCACGGAGCAGAACAACGGGAUGAUCGUGAUCAGCCAGCUGAACCCCUACACCCUGCGCUUCGAGGCCACCUGGGAAACGACGUACGACAAGCGGGCGGCGUCCAACGCCUUCAUGAUCUGCGGGGUCCUGUACGUGGUGCGCUCGGUGUACCAGGACAACGAGAGCGAGACCGGCCGCAACGCCAUCGACUACAUCUACAACACCAGGCUGAGCAGGGGCGAGCACGUGGACAUCCCCUUCCCCAACCAGUACCAGUACAUCGCCGCCGUGGAUUACAACCCCAGGGACAACCAGCUGUACGUGUGGAAUAACAACUUCAUCCUGAGAUAUUCUUUGGAGUUCGGCCCACCCGAUCCUGCCCAAGUGCCUACCACAGCAGUGACAAUAACUUCUUCAGCAGAGCUGUACAAAACCACAGUGUCAACCACUAGCACCACGUCCCAGAAGGGUCCCAUAAGCACAACGCUAGCUGGAGGAACAAAGGAAGGAAGCAAAGGACCCAGACCACCGCCACCCGUUUCCACAACCAAAAUUCCUCCCGUGACAAGUUUUUUCCCUUUGCCAGAGAGAUUCUGUGAACCGACUGAGGCCAGGGGGAUUAGCUGGCCUCAGACACAACGAGGAAUGAUGGUUGAACGCCCUUGCCCCAAAGGAACACGAGGAACUGCCUCGUAUCUCUGCGUGGUCUUAACGGGAAUGUGGAACCCCAAAGGCCCUGAUCUUAGCAACUGUACCUCACACUGGGUAAAUCAGCUGGCUCAGAAGAUCAGAAGUGGGGAAAAUGCUGCUAGUCUGGCCAAUGAACUGGCUAAACACACCAAAGGCCCAGUGUUUGCUGGCGAUGUGAGUUCCUCAGUGAGGCUGAUGGAACAGCUCGUGGACAUUUUGGAUGCUCAACUUCAGGAACUACGGCCCAGUGAAAAGGACUCUGCUGGAAGGAGUUAUAACAAGCUCCAAAAACGAGAGAAGACAUGCAGGGCUUACCUUAAGGCAAUUGUGGAUACAGUGGACAACCUGCUCAGGCCUGAAGCUCUGGAGUCCUGGAAGGACAUGAAUUCUUCAGAGCAAGCCCAUGCAGCCACAAUGUUACUUGAUACAUUAGAAGAAGGGGCUUUUGUUUUGGCUGAUAAUCUUCUAGAACCAACCAGAGUCUCAAUGCCCACAGAAAACAUCGUUUUGGAUGUUGCAGUGCUCAUUACUGAGGGCCAGGUGCAGGACUUGAAAUUUCCUCAGGGCAGUAAAGGAGGCAACUCGAUUCAGCUCUCGGCGAGCACCGUGAAGCAGAACAGCAGGAACGGAUCAGCAAAGCUGGUUUUCAUCAUCUACAAAAGCCUGGGCCGUUUCCUCAGCACCGAGAACGCCACCAUAAAGCUGGGCAGCGACCUGGCCGGGCGGAACAGCACCAUCGCCGUCAACUCGCACGUCAUCGCCGCCUCCAUCAACAAGGAGUCGAGCCGGGUGUACCUCACCGACCCCGUGCACUUCACACUGGAGCACAUCGACCCUGACAAUUAUUUCAAUGCAAAUUGCUCCUUCUGGAACUACUCAGAGAGGACUAUGAUGGGGUACUGGUCAACGCAAGGCUGCAAACUGGUUGACACAAAUAAAACUCACACGACGUGUGCUUGCAGUCACCUGACCAACUUUGCAAUUCUUAUGGCUCGUCGGGAGAUUGUGUACAAAGAUGGAGUGCACGAAUUGCUCCUCACUGUCAUCACCUGGGUGGGAAUUGUCAUCUCUCUUGUUUGCCUGGCCAUCUGCAUCUUCACAUUCUGUUUUUUCCGUGGCCUGCAAAGCGAUCGUAACACUAUUCACAAGAACCUUUGUAUCAACCUAUUCAUUGCUGAGUUCAUUUUCCUAAUAGGCAUCGAUAAGACGGAGUACAAGAUUGCAUGUCCGAUAUUUGCAGGUCUCUUACACUUUUUCUUCCUGGCAGCCUUUGCCUGGAUGUGUCUAGAAGGAGUGCAGCUUUAUCUAAUGUUAGUAGAAGUAUUUGAAAGUGAAUAUUCUAGAAAGAAGUACUAUUAUGUUGCUGGCUACCUCUUCCCUGCUACAGUAGUUGGUGUCUCAGCAGCUAUUGACUACAAGAGCUACGGAACAGAGAAAGCUUGCUGGCUCCAUGUAGAUAACUAUUUUAUCUGGAGUUUCAUUGGACCUGUUACCUUUAUUAUUCUGCUGAAUCUUAUCUUCCUGGUGAUCACAUUGUGCAAAAUGGUGAAGCACUCAAACACUUUGAAACCAGACUCUAGCAGGUUGGAAAACAUUAAUAAUUACCGUGUUUGUGAUGGCUACUAUAAUACGGACUUACCUGGCUAUGAAGAUAAUAAGCCAUUUAUCAAAUCCUGGGUCCUGGGUGCAUUUGCUCUCCUGUGUCUCCUUGGCCUAACAUGGUCAUUUGGCCUGCUGUUCAUAAACGAGGGGACUGUUGUGAUGACCUAUCUCUUCACAGUAUUUAAUGCUUUCCAAGGAAUGUUUAUAUUCAUCUUUCAUUGUGCCCUCCAAAAGAAAGUGCGUAAGGAGUACGGGAAAUGCUUCCGACACUCCUACUGCUGUGGGGGGCUGCCCACGGAGAGCCCCCACAGCUCAGUGAAGGCAUCCACCACCAGAACCAGCGCCCGCUACUCCUCUGGCACUCAGAGUCGUAUAAGGAGGAUGUGGAAUGACACUGUGAGAAAACAAUCUGAAUCGUCUUUUAUCUCAGGUGACAUCAACAGCACUUCAACACUUAAUCAAGGAAUGACUGGCAAUUACCUACUAACAAACCCUCUUCUUCGACCACACGGCACUAACAACCCCUAUAACACAUUGCUCGCUGAAACAGUUGUAUGUAAUGCCCCUUCAGCUCCUGUGUUUAACUCACCAGCAACCUACAGAGAGACAAGUAUGGGAGUAAAACUUAACUUUGCCUAUCAAAUGACAUUCACUGAACAAUGCCAGGGAUACAAGUGCCAUGGAUACUCUACCGCUAAAUGGUAAUUUCAACAACAGCUACUCGUUGCGCAACGGAGACUAUAACGACAGCGUGCAAGUCGUAGACUGUGGACUAAGCCUGAAUGAUACUGCUUUUGAGAAAAUGAUCAUUUCAGAGUUAGUGCACAACAACCUGCGGGGCAGCAGCAAGAACCACAACCUGGAGCGGGCGCUGCCGGCCAAGGCGGCGAUGGGCGGGAGCAGCAGCGAGGACGACGCCAUCGUGGCCGACGCCUCGUCUUUGAUGCACAGCGACACCCCGGGGCUGGAGCUGCACCACAAAGAGCUCGAGGCCCCGCUCAUCCCUCAGCGGACUCACUCCCUUCUGUACCAGCCCCAGAAGAAAGUGAAGCCCGAGGGCACGGACAGCUACGUGUCCCAGCUGACCGCCGAGGCCGACGACCACCUCCAGUCCCCCAACAGAGACUCCCUUUACACGAGCAUGCCCAACCUCAGAGACUCUCCGUACCCAGAGAGCAGCCCCGACGUCGAGGAGGAUCUCUCUCCCUCCAGGAGGAGUGAAAACGAGGACAUUUACUACAAGAGCAUGCCAAACCUAGGAGCUGGCCACCAGCUUCAGAUGUACUAUCAGAUCAGCAGGGGUAACAGCGACGGCUACAUAAUUCCCAUCAACAAGGAAGGAUGUAUUCCAGAAGGAGACGUUAGAGAAGGACAAAUGCAACUAGUGACAAGCCUUUAAUAGUGUAGCAAAGAAAUAUUAAAGGCCACGUUCAAGUAUUAAAAAGACUUAAUUUGCCCCGUGCAGGCUCCCUCAUAUCUGCUUGAAGAGACAAUUCUGUUGACCCUGUGGUUCUCCAGUAACGGAGAUGACUGGACCUCGCAGUUCUGUGAAUUUUUAUAAAACAAAAACUUUGUAUAUACACAGAGUAUACUAAAAUGAAUUAUUUGUUACAAAGAAAAGAAAUACCAACAAGGUAUUUAAGAUAUCUUCUGCUGCUGAAUUUAACAAAAUUGUGAAAAAAAAAAAGAGAGAAAUAAACACUUUCCAGCCAUUUUACUGCAGCAGUUUGUGAACUAAAUUUGUAAAUAUGGCUGCACCAUGUUUUUUUUCCUAGGCCUACAUUGUAUUAUAUACAAGGCGUAGGCUUUAAAAUCCUGUGGGACAAAUUUACUGUACCUUACUAUUCCUGACAAGACUUGCAAAAGCAGGAGAGAUAUUCUGCAUCAGUUUGCAGUUCACUGCAAAUCUUUUCCAUUAGGGCAAAGAUUGAAUACAUGUCUAACCACUAGCAAUCAAGCCACAGGCCUUAUUUCAUAUAUUUCCUCAACUGUACAAUGAACCGUUCUCAUGAAAAAAUGGCUAAAGAAAUUAUAUUUUGUUCUAUUGCUAGGGUAAAAUAAAUACAUUUGUGUCCAACUGAAAUAUAAUUGUCAUUAAAAAAUAAUUUUAAAGAGUUUGAAGAAAAUAUUGUGAAAAGCUCUUGGUUGCACAUACGUUAUAAGCUGUUUUUCUUACACUGUUCAUAGUACGGUAGUAUGUUUAAAAUGCAACUUCUACCCAUUUUCACUUAUUUUUCACUGUAAACAGUGUUCUGCUUUGACAAGUUAGUUUUUAUUCUUAAGUUUUUGAAUUUUUAUUGCCAAAAAAACCAUAAUUUUGGGAGAAAAUUGUUUUAGAAGCCAAUUAUGCCAAGCCUUGCACAAAUUUGGUAUAGCUAACAAAGAUUGUAACUCAGUUCCCUGUUCAGUCUUUAAUCAGGGUUGGGUGGUAAGGGGUAAGGGGGACACUGGACACUUCUCACAAGCUUUCUCGUGAAUAAAAGGUGCCUGUCCUUUAAAAAAAAUAAAUAAAACAUAACUAUUACUCUUCCAUAUUCCUUCUGCCUAUAUUUAGUAAUUAAUUUAUUUUAUGAUAAAAAAAUCUAAUGAAAUGUAAAUUGUUUCAACAAAAUUCUGCUUUUUUCAUCCCUUUGUGUAAACCUGUUAAUAAUGAGCCCAUCACUAAUAUCCAGUGUAAAGUUUAACACCUGUUUGACAGUAAAUAAAUGUGAAUUUUUUUCCAAAUAGGUAAAAUGUGCAUUAUUAUGUACGAAGCAUAAUUGGCAUCAGCAGUCCUUCAACCCAGAUGUAUCCUGCCUAGAAUGACUUCUUUACAUUUCAUGAUUUAAGUGUCAAGAAUACAACAGAAACUGUCUAUGGCUCUACAGAAGGGAGAUCUUUACUGUUCCUUAGUCACAAUUGAAUAGGAUCAAACUCAGACAUAGCAGGGUCAUUAGGAAAAUGUACUGUAAUUUCAUGUAUUUACAUAACUUUUAAGUAGGCAUCUGCACGGAAAUUAAAAAUAAGGUGGUAAAUGCCACUGUCAUAGUCUCGGCAACAGUAAUUAGCAGUUAAUUAUUAGUGAUGAAGAUAUAUUGUUGCAGUGGGGAAAACAUGAAUAAGCAGCAUUUGGCCAGCACUGUGAGUGCUGUCUGAAUAAUCUAAAUAAUCUAAAUAAUUCAUCCGUCACGGCGCUGGUUGGCGUCGGAUAAAUCAGGAUGACGGUCCCUGUUCUACCAGACUGGCGAACUGCAGAAGGCAGCUGAUGCCCAAGAUGUUAUCUACAAAUCUGUGGCAAAAUUGGAAGUCUGAAGUCUUUGUUGUGUUGAUUCCCAAGCCUCUUCUGUCCCUCUCAUUGAGGGCCUGUCAGAGAUAACACCAAGAACUUCCAUUUGUCACCACUUCCGAAGUUGGGUUCUUCCCGAUAACUCUCAAAUUAACACCCCACCAUCACAGAGGCCACAUGUGUGCCCACUGUGACUCCAUGUGUGACAACAGCAAAAAAUUCACUUGAAAGCUGUAUUGUUACCUUCUAAUGCAUUGGAGUAUAUGAAGUCCAUUUGGAAAAUAAGUCAAUGCAUUUUGAAGUAUCAAUUUCAGAAGAAUGUUUUCAGCAAGACUUCCUGCCGUUGAGAAAGUUCAAACUCUGUAAAAAAAAUAAAGUCCAGGUUGAGAUGGAACCGUGGGGUUCAGGUAAUCUCAAUAUAUCUGUACUCAGGACUGUGACACUGUAGUGAUUGUUCUUGAAAAAGGCAUCUUCACCACCAGCCUUACUGGUAACUCUUGCCAGUAAGUUCCUUAACACUGAAAAGUUACUGUGUUUGCAGUAAAGUCACUGAACAUUUAAAAUUUAAUCAGUACUGGUUUGCUUCUGUUUAGUAGAGAUGCUUUAAAAAUCAAAGUCUCUAUGAAACAGGACUUUGUUCUGAUUCAGGGUGUACAGCAGACUCCUCGGAGCAAAAAUUAUUCCCUUAGUCUGUCUGACAACUUGAAAACAUACUUGCUGCCUUCUACCUAGGAAAUCAUGUUCUUAAGGGUUUAAAAAUUGUGGUGCUCAAGUAAUUACAGUACACAUGACCUAAUAACUUCACCAACUUUCUUCAGAAUCUUCAACCCUAGUUCAAGCAAGCACUCCUUUGUGUCUAACUAAAGGUGGCAAAACUACAGACUGGAGAAAGGUUUGUAGUGUUGUGAUCUUAAAUAUAUAUUAAAUUGCAAAUGUAAUAAGUACUCACAAAACAAGAAAAUGUAGCUGAUGAACCUAAGAUGAAGCAGCUGAACCUAAGUAUCAUAAGGGAAUUCUUUUGUUAGCUUCCUUGUAAUGCAGAUGUUGCUUUUUAGUGAGCCUGUUUUUUUUUUUAAUGUUGAGCUAGUGAGAGUCCUGUGUUUAGCUAGCAGCCAAUACAUUGCCAGAUUUCUGUUGGUGUAACUUCUCAGUGUAGUAGGUUACAGUAUAAUUAUAUAGCUGACAGCUUAUUGUAAUUUCUUUAUGUUCUCUUCUCACAUUCCUGCCAUCUUGGGAUCAGAAGGACAGAAGAAUUCAGAGGAAGAGUUCGAGAACAGUGAAAUAAUGACAGCAGAAUUAAUGGAAACAAGUGUUUCUUCAGGGCCAUCAGUUAACCAGUUCCUAUGAUGGUGCCAAGGAUAUGCUGCUAUUUUAGGCACUGUCUUUCAGAAGAGCUGUAAUUUUCUUAUGGCUAGUUAUCUCCUGUUACUAUCAGUGUUAACCCUACUGGCUCAGUUCAAUUCUUCCUUGUAACUUCAGUCCAAUUAUAUUAAUUCCUACAAAAGAUUGAAUGGGAUGUGCAUUUAGUGAACUGUUGUAUAAUGGUGCUAUGCAUUGUUUAAUAUAAAAUACAUCUCAAUUCUACAUAAGUGAACCAUAACAUGAAGAAAUGCAACACUGGUAAUAACUUUAUAGUUUAAAUUAACCUUUAUCUGUGAAUUCUACAAUACACCUUUGCUUCUUUUAAAUUUGAAAUGAAAUUAAUAAAGUUUACAUAUAUUCACUUAUGUAGGCAAUAAAGGGUGUUUCAAAUUGCCAUAA